AUGCUCGACGAACGCAAGGGUCGUCGGCGCCUCCAUGGCUUGGAGCGCCCGUGGCACCCGCGCCAAGUCGUCGUCGUAUGCAUCUUUGGCCUCUCGGUGGUCUGCUCUGGCCUCUCGACCGCGUUGCUGGUGCCAGAAGCCCGCGGCUUCUGCGAUCUCGUCGUCCUCGCCAGCGUCGACGCGUCGAUUGCAGUACUCUUUGGCAUCAUGGUCGCCUUGUUCAUCGCGGUGUCGACGGCCGACACGCUCGCCACCAAGUACCCGCGAAGCUUGUACCCAGGCGAGAAGAUCGCGCGCUGCCGGUCCUGCGACGUUACGGUCAACUCGCGUACCAAGCACUGUCUCUGCUGCGCCAAGUGCGUCGAGGGGUUUGACCACCACUGCGACUACCUCAACACGUGCAUUGGCACGGCGAACGUUCGGCAGUUCCGCCUCCUCAUUGCCGCGAGCAUCGCGUACCUCAUCGUCCAGACAGCGCUCGCCAUCUUUACGCUCCUCGUUACCUCGGCGUCGUUCGGGGUGCAGACGCUCGUGGCUCUGCUUGCAGUCUUGCCAGCGAUCGGCCUCGUGGGCCUCUUUGUCCUCGCGGCCUUCCAGGCGUACAUCUAUCGCUCGGGUAUGACGACGUUUGAGUUUGCCGUGCACAUGAGUCGCGCCAAGCGCAAGAAGCAGGUCGUCCAGCAGCACCCUGCUGCUGCACACAACAAGGCGAUGGCACCAUCGGUGCACCUCGUCAAGCUUUCGUCGUCGACAUCCGGGCCCGCGCCGCCGCUCGUGCUGCAGUUUGUCUAGACGCUCGCAACUGGAAAGAUUGUCAUCGGAGAGGUCUUCGUAUUAAAUAUAGAUACAGGGGGU